AAUCUCGCUCGCGAGUUUGAUUUUGUGUUCCAGUUUCGUUGCGGCGAAUUGUGUGUUCGGUUUCCUAACGAAGUUUUGAAAAAGUAUUCCAAAAAUCUAAAUACCUGCAGAUUUAUUUGAUAUUUCCUAAAGCUUUAACUGUGCUUUUUUGAUUUUUUUACUUUGUCACUCAAUCAUGGCAGAUCCUCGUAUUAAACAAAUUAAAAUAAAAACAGGUGUGGUCAAGAGAUUAGCAAAAGAAAAAUUAAUGUAUGAAAAAGAAGCUGAAAAAGAAAAGACUAAGCUUGAAAAAAUGCAAGCUACAGGAGAAGACGAUUACUUAAUCAGAAAACAGGAGGAAGUAAUCAAGGAAUCUUUGAUGAUGGUUCCAAAUACUAUGAAGCGGUAUCAGAUGGCGUAUAAUGAGCUUCAAGAAAUUUUGGACAAUGAACAAGAACUUGCUGAAACUGAAGAAUAUCAAGCAGCUGCAGAAGUUUUAAAGGAAACUUCCAAGAGCAUAUCAGCUAGUGAAUGAACUGCUUAUAUAUUUCCUAACUAAUAUCUAAAUUAAAUGCUUAUUUACUCACGAUGCAGCCUGUACUAUAUUUAUACAUUGUUUUUGUAUAUAAUUUUAAAUUAAAUGCUAUUGCAAGUUA